AUGGCGGCUGCAGUCGCUGAGAACGUCGCCGUUAGCUGCCGGCAGCUAGCCGGGAACGAAACGGUUGAGUCAAAUGGUUGGAAAACCGUCGCCCUCCAGACGCGCUUCCUCUCCCGUGGUCAGCGGAAGGAGCUCGCAGCGCUGCGCGUGCAGCUCAGGAAAUCCGCAGCUCGCUCUGUGGUGGCAUCAGCAGCAGCGCGCCCCCCGGUGGCAGCAGCAGCACACACGGUAGAGGCGGUGGAGAGCUUGAAGCUGGAGCCCAUCGCUCAGAUCAGCGGCACCGUCAACCUGCCCGGCUCCAAGUCCCUCUCCAACCGCCUUCUGCUGCUUGCUGCUCUUGCCAAGGGCGAGACGGUGGUGGACAAUCUGCUAGCCAGUGAUGACGUCACCUACAUGCUCGCCGCUCUCCGCUCCCUGGGAGUGCCUCUGGUGGAGAUGCCUGAGAAGCGGAGGGUGAUAGUCACGGGCAGCGCAGGGGUGUUCCCCGUGGGCAGGGAGGAGGAGGGGAAGGGGGGAGAUGUGGUGGAUCUGUUUCUGGGGAACGCGGGCACGGCCAUGCGCCCGCUCACUGCUGCUGUGGCCGUUGCAGGAGGGAAUAAGAGCUACGUCCUUGAUGGGGUUCCCAGGAUGCGUGAGCGACCCAUAGGCGACCUGGUGGCGGGGCUGCAGCAGCUGGGGUGCGACUGCGAGUGCUCCCUGGGGACCAACUGCCCGCCUGUGCGCGUGGCCGCGAAGGGGGGCCUUCCUGGCGGCACGGUGAAGCUGUCAGGGGCGGUGAGCAGCCAGUACCUCACAGCCCUCCUCAUGUCGCUCCCCUUGGCCAAGGGCGACAGCGCCAUUGAAAUGAUUGACAAGCUGGUGUCGGUGCCCUAUGUGGAGAUGACUCUCCGCCUCAUGGAGAGGUUUGGGGUGGAUGUGCAGACCGAGGGGAAUUGGGAGCGGUUCCUGAUUCCCGGCAACCAGACCUACAUCUCCCCCGGGCGUGCCUUUGUGGAGGGAGAUGCGUCCAGCGCAAGCUACUUCCUUGCUGGGGCGGCCAUCACUGGAGGGACCGUCACGGUGCAUGGGUGUGGCAGGAGCAGCCUGCAGGGUGAUGUGCACUUCGCUUCAGUGCUCGAGCAGAUGGGUGCUACAGUAACGUGGGCGGAGGAGAGUGUGACUGUAACGGGGCCUCCUCCGGCAGCCAAUGGGAGCAUCCGACGGCUCAAGGGCAUCGAUGUGAACAUGAACAAGAUGCCAGAUGUCGCAAUGACAUUGGCUGUUGUGGCUCUCUUUGCCGAAGGCCCCACCGCCAUCCGCGAUGUGGGAACAUGGCGUGUGAAGGAGACAGAGCGAAUGAUCGCCAUCUGCACUGAACUGACCAAGCUGGGAGCGCAUGUGGAGGAGGGUCCGGACUACUGCAUCAUCACACCCCCGGAGCGUGUUCUCCCAGCGGAGAUCGACACGUAUGACGACCACCGCAUGGCCAUGUCCUUCGCCCUCGCCGCCUGCUCCGGAACGCCAGUCGUGAUCCGGGACCCUGGAUGCACGCGCAAGACCUUCCCCGAUUAUUUCGACGUGCUCAAGAGCGUUUCGCACUGA